AUGCCAGAUCCGUCCGCACGCAUGGACGAGAACCUCAAGAGUGCGCCUUCGAACUGGGGAAAUGCUUGUUCGCAGUGUGCGUAUUCUAAAGUCAAAUGCCUGCGGACCGAUCCUGCAGCAGGACGUAAAUGUGAUAGGUGCCACCGUUUGAAUAAAGACUGUGCCGAAAAGGUGCAAAAGAAACGGAAAAAGAGAAUUUACAUAUCUUCGAGGACGAGACAGAUAGAGGAACGCCUCAAUACCUUGAUUGAUUCACUCCAAGCCUCGACCACUCUGACCUCUCAUGCUGCCGAUGCGGGAAGUCAUGGCGAGAGAGCAGACUCUGAUCUCGUUCUAUCCCUCUCGGACGCGCCCCUGAUGGAAUCCAAUGGCCCUCUUAUGCUAGAACAGAUCGCUUCUCGCACAACCCCCCCGCAAGCCACUACCAAUGUCAGCCCUGCCCAGAUCCCGGAAACUUACAACUACCACGCUCCAUGUCGAUGUAUAUGCAGACCUGUCGCAGGCGAAGUCGCAGGAAUAAGCGAAACGGACGAGGACCUACUCAAGAUAUACAGGAACACACUUGCAAGGGUCUAUCCCUUCGUUGUCAUUCCAGACCAAGUUACAGCUAAGGAGAUGCAAGCAACCCGGCCAUUUCUGAUGGCAUGUAUCCGUAUGGUGGCUUCUUUUCGAAGUAUGAGGUCUGUACAAGGCCAGAUGUUCCGUCUCAUGAGUCAUGUUUCUGAGCACGUACUCAUGCGGUCGGAACGAUCACUGGACUUACUAUCGGGGAUCGUGAUCAUGCUCGGCUGGUACCAUCAUCAUUGUGUUGUGCAUUCGCAGAUGCACAACCUUCUUUCACUGGCCAUGACGUUGACGGCCGAGCUGGGACUCAAAAGAAACCCUAGCUGGCAAGAGCGUACCGUGUUGAUGGUCGUUAACUUAGGACAAGUGAAGGAGAGAACGAACGAAGAGAGGCGAUUGCUUGUCGCAGUGUGGUUCCUUGGCUCAUGCAUUAACGCAGAGUUCCACAAACUUGAAACAAUGAAGUUCUCGUACUAUAUAAAAAAAUGCUUGAGAGAAUUAGAACUGGCUGAGCAAUAUGAGUCUGACUUGUACCUCGUUCAUCUCGUCCGACUGCAGGAACUUUCGGAAAGAAUCAUGCAGCUCAGGUAUGAAGCAGAACAGGGACCGGAAGAUGCUGCCAAAGCUCCGUUGUACGGCUAUAUGCAUGCCUUCAAGGCAGAACUCGAGGGACUACGCUCAAACAUACCUCAUCAUCUCAAGGAUAACUAUCUUCUCAAGACACGGCUAAAUACCGUGCUACUUCGUCUCAACGAGCCACCCAAACCCGAUAUGGACCUCAUCACUUCAUUGUCCAAUUCGCUCACAGUCACAGCACCCUUCUCCAGCCCAUGCUCGCCACUUGAUGGUUUGUACUCCUGCAACGAGGCCUUGAAGACUUGGUUUGAUGAAUGGUUCUCAAUCGAUGUCUCGGAAUAUAUAUCUCUGCCAUUACCAAUCUUACUGGAUAUAACAUAUGCCAUCACGAUCCUCGGCCGGUGGGCCAAAUUUGUUACACCAGACUCAAUCCGCUUUGCCACUGGCAUGUUGCCUGACGACCCUUCUGGCUUUUACAACAGUGCUGCAAGUGAGACUACUACACCCGGUAGCGAUAACUUGAGCCUCUUCUCGUCGAUCGAGAAAGACGAAGGAUUCGUGCAAGCCAUCAAGACGCUCAGAACACAGCUGAGCACACAGCCCGGCCUUGAUCUAGAUGUGGCCGGGUUAUUGCAUACUCUGGGAAGAAAGUUAGAGCAGGCGAACGUGAUUUUGGCUGCUCGAGGAGAAGGCGCAGAAUCAUGGAAACAUAGCAUCUGGGCGCUCGGCGCAAUUAAGAUAAGGAUCGUUCAGUCGAAAUUGGAGCAGUGGACUCACAUGCUUAGCGAAGAUUUCAAAAAUGGUAACACCAAGUCGACUGAUGCCGCGAAAGACAUUCAAGACACUGGUAUUUCUAUGGUUAGGGGAGACCCAUUCGAGCCAGGGUCAUGGACAACAAACAUGAUGGGUCCACUACCAUUAUUGGAAUACACAUACGAGAACAUAAACGUCCUUUCCAUACAAAUGGAUCAGGAUUGGGGUCUCUCGACAAUAUUUUAG